ACAAGCUAGAUUUUUUAAUAUAAGAUAAUAUUCAACAUUUGUGUAAUAAAAACAAAACAAAAACAAAAACAGGUUUACUGCAGAUAAAUACAUUUAGAAAAGGUUUGAAGAAGAAACAAACUUCAGCAAAUAAGAUGCAGGCUGAAUAAGAAGCCAACGGCAGCCUCGUCAUAAUCCUUUGAAAACAGAAAGGAGGGGGUUACAGCACAGUGAUUGGAUGACGUCACCUUAUUUAGUCACAGCAAACAGAAGGAGGAAGAGGAGUCAUGAAGAGUGAGGGCGAAAGACGGACAGGCCCCUGCACAGGGUGAAGAAGCAAGAGAGAAAGAAGGGCACCAUUGCCUUUUCUCCGAUGGCUCUGGUGAGAAACAAGUCCUUUGCACCAGUGUUGUUUGCCGCCAUCUUCCUGCUGAGUUUCCUCUGGUACAGUAGUGUAUUCCAGGAUUCCCUAAAACACUUGAUGGGAAAUUGUUUUGGUCCAGUCAUGGGAAUUAAUUUCACCUUCCAGCCGAAUAAAGCAGCAGCUCCACGGCCAAGAUCGUUUGAUCUUCAGUCUGAAAUAAAUUCAGUCUUCAACAAAAUCCAAAGAAUCAUCCCAAAUGUUACAUUCACCUUUUUUAAUAGAAGUACAAGUGCGAAAAUCAGUAAGGUGUCCAUAGUCAACAGGAGGGAGCAUUACUGUCUUGGAGAAGACCUUGUGGUACAAGUUGAUAUGUACGAUCAUCUGGGUGACAGGAAAACCUAUGGAGGAGACUUCAUAAGAUCACGACUCUUUUCUCACAAACUCGGAGCUGCUGUGUCUGGGAGGGUUGAAGACUUUCAUAAUGGAUCCUACCAUGUGCACUUUCCAUUGCGUUGGGUGGACAGUAAUAAAACCAAGGUGUCCAUUCAACUGAUGCAUCCCAGUGAAGGGAUUGCAGCCCUCUGGAGAGCACGACAUGCCAGUCUAGGGGUACUUGGUUUCAAUGGAAAAUAUGAAUGCCUUGGUAAGGAAGCUAUCACAGACUGUCACUUUCAAUUGAACACAACCGAAGAGGUUUGUGAGUACAAAGAUAAGUUCUAUGAAGAGGCCUUCUACUGUAUUAAACCUAAGAACAUUUCCUGUGAAUGUUUACAUGAUAUGAGAGCUGUGGAUCCUCGAGUGUCCUACCUUACCGAGGGGGAGGGGUCACUAUUUGCAAGGUCCAAUAUUGGUGUGGAAAUGGCCAAAGGUUUGAAGACCAUAGUCAUUACGGAUUGUGGAUCUUAUUCAUCAACAUCAAAGCCAAAAUGUCAGACAGGGAUGAGCUCUCCCGUCCCCAGUGGACACUUCUACAACCGCACCUGGCACCCGGAUUAUUGUGAGAUGACAGUCUAUAAAACACAGGAUGACUUCACUGAAUGUCUACAGGGGAAGAAGCUCUUCCUCAUCGGAGACUCUACGCUACGUCAGUACAUCAUACACUUAACUGAGGGAACCAAGAUUGUUAAAUAUUUCCGUUUUCAUGAGGGCGGAUGGCAUUCCUGGCAGAAAACACUAGAAGCUUUGAACAUGGAUAAAGACAUUUAUGUCUCCUACAAGAGACAUGGCUUUCCACUGGAAAGCUUCGGAUUCUAUUACUUUAAAGAGGACAUGUACACAAGUCGUCAGAUCGAUCAACGUGGCGGAGGGAAAGACACCAUCUUUGUUAUUAGUAUGGGACAACAUUUUAGACAGUUUCCACUAACACUCUACAUCAGACGAGCUAUAAACAUCCGCAGAGCCGUUGAACGUCUGUUCCUACGGAGUCCGGAUACCAAAGUCAUCAUCAAGACAGAAAACACCAGACAAUUUGCUACUCUUCCAGAGAGGGUUGGUGACUUCCACGGUUAUACCCAAUACCUGGUGCUAAGGGAAGUCUUUGUAGGGAUGAAUGUGGGCUUUGUGGAUGCGUGGGACAUGACGGUGGCUUCCUGCAUAGAGUCUGUUCAUCCGUUUGGAUACACACUUAAUAAUAUUUUGAGCAUGACGUUCUCCAUGGCUUGUUAAGAAUUUUAUCUUUCUUUACUGAGGCUAGGAAAAGAUAUGAGACUGCUAUAUAAAACUAGUCUCUCAGGGAAACUGAGCACGCCAUCUGUAAAUGAUUUGAUGAAGGUCAAAUAAACCCAUUUACCAUAAAUCUGACCUUGAAGAGCUAUAAGAAAUGAAACUUUAUAAGGAAGGCUUGGGAACCAUCUCCCUGUACCUUGGAAUACAACCAGAGUGCCGCCCAGUGGCAUCACAAGGUUGGUAGGGUUGGUUCACAGUAGCCGAGAUCAGCAGAGGUGCUGAAGCCAGAUUGUUACUGGGCUAAAAAAGAAAAGAAAAAGGUAACAGAGAGGCUGUGUAAGGAACUUGACCUUAAAGGGGUUCUCCGGUGCUUAGACAUCUUAUCCCCUAUCCAAAGGAUAGGGGAUAAGAUGCCUGAUCGCGGGAGUCCCGCCGCUGGGGACCCCCGUGAUCUUGCAUGCGGCACCCCGUUUGUAAUCAGUCCCCGGAGCGUGUUCGCUCAGGGUCUGAUUACUGUUGAUCACGGGGCCGGCAGCGUGUGACGUCACGCCUCCGCCCCCGUGUGACCUCACAUGGGCACUCAGCGUGAUGUCACAUGGGGGCGGGACUCCCACGAUCAGGCAUCUUAUCCCCUAUCCUUUGGAUAGGGGAUAAGAUGUCUAAGCACCGGAGUACCCCUUUAAGUCCUUAGGUUUGCUUUCCUCUACUGAAUCAGUUUGUCUGAGGUAACACAUUUUAAAGUUUGUUUUGUCGGGCUCCUGGUAGUAAGCCACCUGUAUAGUGAGGGCAACUUAAAGUGAUUAGUUAGUGCUAGACAAGCAGGUUUUGUUUUGUGCCAAUAUGAAUACAACUGUAUUUUCUGUUUGAAAAUAAAAAGCAGAACAAGCCCUGCGUCUGAACUGUGUCACUGUCUCUGACUGCU